CUAAUUUUGCCUGUGAAUAUUGGUACAAAUAUAGUGUAUUUUUCUACCUUGUUAAAUAAUUAAGAAAAAUGGUUAUGAUUAAUAUCUUUGGAAUUAUAUUAACGCUAUGUCUACUUUGUUUUGUCAUCAGUCGAAAAGCUCCACGUAAAAUUCUGAUAGAUACAGAUCCCGGAGGAGAUGACGCUCUAGCAUUAAUGCUGGCUCUCAUGUACGAGGCUAAAACUCAUGAUAUCGAAAUUCUAGCCAUAGGUGUCUCAUAUGGUAAUACAUAUUUAGAAAAUACAACAAAAAACAUAUUAAAAAUCUUAACAGUUGCUGACAAAAAAAAACUCGUAUAUGCUGGUGCUGACAAACCAUUAAUAAAUAAAUAUGAAUCUGACAAUUUCUUUGGCGAUGAUGGAUUUGGAGAUUUUAAUUUUACCCAAGAAAUAACUGCAAAAAUCGACAGAUCGAAACACGCUUCUGUAGCGUAUGUAGACUUAGUGAAAAAAUAUCCAGGUGAAAUAACUAUAAUCUCUCUUGGAUCUCUAACAACAAUUGCUACGGCAAUUGCAUUAGAACCCAAUUUCCUAAGUUUAAUAAAGCAACAUAUUAUAAUGGGAGCAAGUCUCAAGCCUAAUGAAACUGAAUUUAAUUUUCAACUAGAUCCAGAAAGUGAUUGGAUAGCGUUAAAUAAUGUUGAUAAACCUAGUAUUAUAGUUCCUAUAGACACAGUAUAUUCUUAUGUCUUUUCACAAGAGGAGUAUAUAAAUCUUAUAAAUAAUUUGGAUAAACCUAUUGCAAGUUUUUUGGAACAAACUAAUAGAAAAGCUAUAGAAAAAGAUAAUAACACGUGGACACCAGCAGAUGGUAUCACCAUGGCAAUUGCAUUACAACCGGAGAUAAUAACACAAUAUUCUGAAGUUAAUUUAAAGCCAGUACUUGUUGGUGAUGCAAGAGGUUCAGUUGUCAUAAAUUCUAAUAGCCAUAUACAUAAUGCAAGAGUGGUAGAAUCUUUUGAUAAAGAAGCAUUUAAAAAAUUAGUAUUGCAAUAUCUUUCUAAAUUAAUUUAGUGCC